GUCCAGUAGGCCACGUCAGGAGGAUACGUCGGCAGCAAGGGCUACCACUUCAGCAGUCCCCGGCCUGGUCUAUGCUAUUGCRGUCUCAUACAGCAGUCAUGGACCAGUGGCCCGGAGAAGCGGACGAAGCCUAUCAGGMCCGCAUGCUGGCGUGGAGUACCGAGACAAAGAAACGGGCAGAUGACGCUGCCGCAGCAGCGAAGAAGAAGGCAGAGGAUGCCGAGCAGGCACGUCUGCUGGCACUUGAACAACAGCGCCAGCAUGACGAGGCARCAGCAAGGGCUGCCGGUGAAGAAAGGAACCAGCGUYGCGAGAAGAUAUAUACCGGAGAGCGGGCGGUACUUACAAUGGCAGCGGAAUGGCGGACCGAAGCGGAGGAUGGCAAGCUGGAGGAUAGCGCAAACAAGAUCGCACUCCUCCUCUCGCACCUCACARACCUCCUGGCAACCUGCAUUACACAGCAGGCGGAGAUCCUCGGUCUCGACACCUCGCUAGCUCACGUCCAAGACCGCCUUCAGCGGUUGGAGCAGCGACCAGUCGCCGCCGCCGACGCAAGCUCUUCCAAUGCUGCCGACCGCCUCAACGCAUUGGAGAUGGACGCCGGCUCACUCAAGGAUGGCGUGCAACUACAGCAGACCGCGACGCAACAGUUGCAACAGCGGAUCUGCACUACUGCCACCACCUCGAGUUCAGAACCGCGCGAGACAACUCCAAAGUUCGACAGGCAGGAGAUCUUCUGCGAUUCAAUGAAGACAAAUCCGAUUCCAUGGUUCCGCAAGUUYGAGCUCACGCUGCAACUGUCCAACGUCAAAGAACACAAGCACCACGCAUACUUGUACUCUCGUUCAGGGGGCGCGUGCCAGGAUUGGUUGGACAACCUCUUAUCCAAGUACGGAGUAGUAGCAGCCGACUUGCACACCAAGAUCAGUUGGGAUGAUCUGAAGGCGGCGUGGCACAAGCGGGAGACGGGGGCAUGGGUGGAUGGCAGGGAAGAAGGUGGAAGCAGGAGGCAGCAUCGGCGAGCAUGUCCUGGCGACGGGGACGGUGGCGGGAAGCGUACCGCGGAGGUAGACAUUGCGCCUGCUCCGAAACGGGGGAGAGGACGACCGAGCAACAAGGAGAAGGCAGAAAGAAAAGCAGCAGAGAAAGCUGCGAAGAAGGCGUCCGCGUCUGCAAAGAAAAAGAGUUCUGCUGCAAAGAAAAAAGCAGCAGCAGCGAAGAAAAAGAAGGGGAAAGUCAUUGACGAUGACAACACCCCUCCGUGUUCGGCUUCAUCGUCGUCAUCCUCUGAUGAUGAUGACGGUGAUGAUGAUGCCGAUGGUGAUGAUGAUCGUGAUGGUGAUGAUGAUCGUGAUGGUGAUGAUGAUGGUGAUGGUGAUGAUGAUGGUGAUGGUGAUGAUGACGGGGAACAGGACGGAGGUUCUGAAUCUUCUGAUGAUGAGGACGAGCCAGCGGGCUUGGCGUGGAAUGAUAUCUUUCUUGGAAAGGAUGGAGGAGACGAUGGUGUUGUCAGUGCAGAUGGUGAAGUAUUCCCCGUCGAGGUACGGGCGGCAUACUGUGAGGCCGUGAAUCACGGCGAGGAGUUCCUUCUCGUUGGAGGGGUAAUUCAUUUCCGCGGGAAGGAGCUUCUUGCUUGCGAAGGCGAUGGGGUAUUCGUCAGGUGAACUCGUCGAGGAUUGAGGUUAUGGCGGGGGGGCCUUGAUUGGGUUUGUCUGUCUGGAGUAAGUCCUCGUGACUUUCGCGA